GAAGCUGUUUUAUACUUGUCUAGGCAAGAGCUUGCAUUUAGGGGGCAUGAUGAAUCUAGUAGCAGCAUGAAUAGAGGAAAUUAUAGAGAGCUACUUGAAAGUUUUGCCAAGAUGGAUUCUGUUUUUGAAAGGCGAUUACAUGGAAGGCUUGCUGAAACCCACCUUGCUGGGGGAGGGCGGUUUACUGGAGUCUCUCCUGAUAUUCAGAAUGAUUUGAUUGAUUGUCUUGAUAAGAUAAUAGAGGAUGAGAUUUUAAAGGAAAUAUAUUGCUGCACUUUCUUAAGUAUACAGGUUGAUGAGGCAACUGAUGUUUCUACCAAAGAACAAUUGAGUGUAAUUGUUCGAAUGGACAAAGGGGAAAGUGUCAUUGAAAGACAGCUUGGGUUUGUUGAUGUUAGUUGUGAUAGGACUGCAACUGCUAUAUCAUCAGUGGUUAAGGGUUUGAGAGAUUCAAGGCCUUUGUUGCUUCUCUGAGAAAUGAUACAGAAUAUUGUCAGGUGUACGACCUGGCUGUUGAGAAAGUGGGACCACCAGUAACCAGGUAUGACCAACGGCAUAAUUACAAACAAAUGUAUUUUGAAAUUCUUGACACAAUUGUGACUAUGCUGACUGAGCGAUUUCAGGAUAUGGAGCGUUUUAGAUUUUUGACCUUGUUAACCCUAGGGUGUUUAAGAUGUGGAAAGGUGAAGUGCCCUCAGAAAAGAUAAAUCUUCUAAAGGAGGUUUAUGGUGAUAUGUUUGACAUACCAAUGCUAGUUAGCCAACUUUGUUUUAUUUACAGAGAUAAAGACUUUCACUGUGAUUCAUGCGAUGAAUUAUUGAAAUAUAUUUUUCAGUUCCAUUAUCAAUCUAGUAUUCCAGAAGUUAAAGAUAAAUGGGGUUUUGUCAAUUACAAGUGCUUCAGUUGAGAGGUCAUUUUCUUGUUUGAAGAGGG